UGCUUGAGCCGGUAUGUUGAAGUAUAAGGACAGGGCUACACAAAAAUGGCCGCCGUGCACUAAUCUAAUAUGUGAAGACAGGUGAUCUGUUGCUGGGUGACUGCCGAUUGGCUGCUGUCUGCUGGUUUGACAAGCGGAAACAAACAUGGCGGCUUCCAUUACGGCCGCGGCUCUGUUGGAGGCCUCCCGGGGGAAGCGUGCUGCACUGUCCAUCGCUCUGAUCGCCGCUCUGGUCGGGCUGCCGCUAUGGUGGAAGACAACGGAGACUUACCGGGCGUCCCUGCCCUACAGCGACAUCAGACAACUGGGGCUGCUGAGGCUCCAGCUUACUGUCCCUGUGGAAGUGGUGUUUUCUAAAGGAACAUUAACAGCAGAACAACAAAGGCGAAUCCCAGCUUCAGAUGUAAAGGAAAAAGAGACUGUACUAAACUCUCACACAACCUUUAAUUGCCGUUAUGAGUUCAGGUACAGGAGGACGACCUUUGAGGAGGAUGAGCUUUUGUCAUUGCCAACCUUGUCGGAGGCAGAUCGAGCACUCCAACAGCAAAGCAAAGGAAUCCAGGGAUCUCUGUCACUGUUCAUUGUACCUGAGAUCACAACCCUUUUUCCUCAGGGGGUCAGUGUGUACAUUGGUAAAUAUCGGAGAUCAUUAGUAAAGCUCACUUUGGAGCCAUCACUUAGUACCGAAGAAAUCAGACGGACCUUGUACAAUAAACUGUCCCGUGUCAUUCAGACCAUGUCAUUUACAGAAGAAGCCAUCAUUGCCGCGCUGUCAGAUAGAAUCUCCACCGACAGGUUUAAUAAAGAAGACUAUGAGAGCAGCAGGAGAGCGUUCAAGUCCAGUCCAGGCUACGAGAUCACUUUUACCUUACUAAAUCCGGAUCCGAAAUCCCAUGAUCUGAACUGGAACAUAAGCUCAGCUGCAGACCAGUAUAUUCAGCCAUUCCUGGAUAAGCUGCAGCCAGUCGCUAACUUCUCCGUUGAUUCCCAGAUAUUGUAUUAUGCCAUCCUGGGCGUCAAUCCUCGCUUUGUGAAGGAAACAUCAAGCUACGUUCUGAAUGCCAACAACCUACCUCAUGUAAUUAACCCUGUAGAGGCCAGGCUUGGUUCCAGUGCUGCCUCCCUAUACCCUGUGUUAAAUUUUUUGCUGUAUGUCCCAGAAUAUUUCCAUUCUCCCCUAUACAUCCAUGAUAAAGAUGGGAAGAGAGUGACCUCAAAUGCAUUUCACAGCCCCCGCUGGGGGGGAAUCAUGGUGUACAACUCUGUAUCCUCUGUUCAGAUUGCACUGUCCGAACUGGAAGCUGGCAGGUUGGAGAAUGCUUUCAAAGCCAGCAAAGAAGCCAUUACCUCUUCAGAGAAAGCCUUCUUUGACCCCUCACUGCUUCAUCUUCUCUACUUUCCAGAUGAUCAGAAAUUUGCUGUUUACAUCCCCCUUUUCUUACCCAUGGCUGUCCCCAUAUUACUGUCUUUGGUAAAAAUUGCCAAAGAAUACAAACUCAGUAAGAAGGAGCCCAACAAAACGGACUGAAUUCGUCGACGCCUUUUAUUCUGUUCCUCGAGAGAGGAGAGCACUGAUUUUUAUUUAUUAUGUGAAUGUAUAAUGAAAACUGUAAAUUCAGCUGAGAAAAAAAUCUUGUAGGGUGGUGGAAGCUUCAGAAAACAAAAACUACGAAUAUAGGAGAUUAGUAUCAGGUGCUUUUAUAAGAUGAGGGGUGCUGCUAUGAACACAUUACCUUCGGCUGUCCGGGCAUGCUGGGAGUUGUAGUUUUGCAACAGCUGGAGGCACCCUGGUUGGGAAACACUGCAUUAGACCCACACUUGGGCCAGGAUUGGUGGCCUUAUACAGAUGCCAUGGGCUCCGAUUGGGACCUAAUAGUUCAUGUUUAUUUUGCUUCAAUGUAUAACUAUUAGGUAUUGCAUGCCUUUUACCUGUGAUCAGUGCAGUGGUUUUAUAAGUUAGCUAAGGUCAUAGGAGUCAUCUCAGGGAAAAACUUGACCUGUCCUUAGGUUGAUAUCCCAAUGUAAAGUUAUACAUGUAAAUAUAAUUUCAGAAUUUUAAUGCGUUACUGUCAUUUGAAAAAAAAAACUUUUGACAUGUCAUCCAGACAUUUCGAAGGUUUAGAUCGCAUCGGGUCCCAGAUCUGAGACCCGCUGUGAUCAAUUGAUAAGCCGAUGAACUGUGAAGCAGUGUUUUUUUUACAGCUGGUCGCCCAGUCCCACUCAUUCACUGCAUAGAUCAGUGUUUCCCAACCAGGGUGCCUCCAGC